AUCGACUUUUUGCGGAAAAACUUAAAUAAUCGAUUGCCUAUUUUGCAUUUUACUGAUAAAAAAUAAAAAAUUUAUUGUUUGGUUCUCCGCCAAGUUUGCAGACAGAGUAAUUCAGUGUAAAAACGUUAAAAUAGAGUCACUCAGAGAAAUGCCUCAAAUGCCGUUGCCUCCUUUGGCACAGAAUGCUAUUGAGCCUAUGCAGGUCGAUGCUCCAAUUGAAGACAACGACAACAAUGAAGAGCAGCAUUUGAUUGUGGAGAAUCCCACAUUGGAUUUAGAGGUCUAUGCCAAUUCAUAUGUGGGCCUGGCCCGUCUGUAUCGGCUGAUUUUUGUGGCCGAUGUCUGUCCCUCGUUGAGAUUAGAAGCAUUGAAAAUGGCUAUUAACUAUGUAAUGACCACAUAUAAUGUGACCAUGUAUCAGGUACUGCAUAAGAAGUUGAAUGAUCUAUACGUCAGCGCCAAUGGAGCAGGAGCUGGCAAUUCUAAUGUUCAGGGAGGAGCAGCAGGUGGUCUUCCCGAUAUAGCAGCCCAGCCCACUUUGGCCGCCCAAGCAGAUUUGCCGGUUUUCGAUCAGAGUUGGGUCGAAAGUAAGAGCAAGAAGGCAGCCCUUAAAUUAGAAAAGCUAGACUCUGAUCUCAAGAACUUCAAGUCGAGUUCCAUUAAAGAGAGUAUACGUCGCGGUCACGAUGAUCUUGGAGAUCACUACCUUAGUUGUGGCGAUUUGUCGAAUGCCCUAAAGUGCUACUCGAGAGCUCGGGACUAUUGUACCAGUGGCAAGGACGUGGUUAACAUGUGUUUAAAUGUAAUCAAGGUAUCGCUUUAUUUGCAAAACUGGUCGCAUGUUCUUAGCUAUGUCUCCAAGGCUGAGAGUACACCUGACUUUAGCGAAUGUUCAAAAGAUGCAAAUCAGGCAGUUUUGACUCGCUUGAAGUGCGCUGCCGGUUUGGCUGAGCUGCAAACCAAAAAAUACAAGUUAGCUGCAAAGUUCUUUCUUCAGGCAAGCUUUGACCACUGCGACUUUCCCGAAAUGAUAUCACCAAAUAAUGUGGCCAUGUAUGGAGGGCUUUGUGCCCUCGCCACAUUUGAUCGGCAAGAACUACAGAAGAACGUAAUAUCGUCGAGCUCCUUUAAAUUGUUUCUUGAACUGGAGCCACAGCUCAGAGACAUUGUCUUUAAAUUCUAUGAAUCGAAAUAUGCAUCGUGUCUAACACUGCUUGAUGAAAUUCGUGACAAUCUAUUGCUGGACAUAUACAUAGCGCCCCAUGUCAAUACUCUGUAUACAAAAAUACGUAACCGUGCUCUGAUUCAAUAUUUUAGUCCCUAUCUGUCGGCGGAUAUGCGCAAAAUGGCAACUGCCUUUAAUCGAACUGUGGAAGCUCUAGAGAAUGAGGUAAUGCAAUUGAUAUUGGAAGGCCAAAUCCAGGCUCGAAUUGAUUCGCACAAUAAAAUACUUUACGCCAAGGAGACUGAUCAACGCAGUAGCACAUUUGAACGAGCCAUAAUUAUGGGCAAAGAGUAUCAACGACGUACUCGCAUGCUGGUAUUAAGAGCAGCUCUUCUGAAAAGCAAUAUCCACGUCAAGAGUAUUCCACGUGACUCAAAUCAUGUCACCGAUUUGUGUGCUGCCGGUUCUAGUACGCCCAAUACGGCCCGAAUUUAAUUUGUAUAUUUUGGUUUGAAUCUAAUUUCGCAUUUGCCUGAAUUAUGAAUAUGAUAAUGAGUAUAAUUUAAAUUUUAAAAGUAUGUAACUUAAUUUUCAACUUUGUUUUAAAACAAAAAAAAAAAAUCGUUUUAUUUUAUUGGAAA